AUGUUUCAAUGUCGACUCCGUGUCGGUGUCUGGUUGCAUGUACGGACGUACGCAACCAAGCAAGCAAACAAGGAUUUCCACAAUCGCGCUUUUCACGAAUACGCUGACCAUGGCACCUCUUAUGUUGCCGAUUUGACGUUUGAAUCGUUACUAGCUUCAUGGCCGAAUCACACAUGGUCCAGCCACCGUCCUUGUCACAAUUGA